UAUAAGAAAAGAGAGAGAAGAAGAGGGAAAUCGGCUAAGGGAGAGAGGAAACUUUUUUGAUAAGUCAAGAAAAAAGAGAGUAUAAAUAUAAAGUGUUUGGUUUCAGAGAGAGAAAGAAAGAUUAUUUUUUUUUUUUGUUUUUAAAAUUGUUCAUCGCCUUUUUCUUCUCAGCGUGUGUCUGCAUAAUUAGGGUUUGUUUUCGUUUUGGAUCUUCAUUCUUUGGACAUCGAAUUUCAGGGUUUUCUCAUUCUCAGGUUGGACAAAUUUCAUAUUGGAAAUAAUUUUGUUAAUUUUGAGGGGCUUUGAAGUGAAUUCUUGGAUUUUGACUAAAAGGGGUGCUGUUAAAAAUUUUGGAAACUUGGUGGUUGUGAAUUGUGAUGACUACACGAACAUCAUGGGCAGAUUUGGCUGCGAAUUCUGCAGCCGAGAAUGUAGGUGUUGGUUCUUCCUCUGCUAGCAAUGGAGCUGUUGGUACCACCUCAGCUGCUGGCCGACCUGUUUAUGUUCCUCCACAUCUCCGUAAUAGGCCAUCUUCUUCAGACCCGCCUGCUCCUACUUCCACUGGUGCUGCAUCAAGUAAUGACCGACCUGGAUAUGGCGGAUCCCGUUGGGCUGCUCCUAGGACUGAUUAUUACAACCGAUCAGGGUACAGUGGUGGUGGUGGUGGUGGUGGUGGUCGACCUGGUGGAUGGGGUGGCAGAAGUGGUGGUUGGGAUCGUGGGAGAGACAGGGAAGUUAAUCCAUUUGGAAAUGAUGAUGAUACAGAGCAGGUGUUUAGUGAGCAAGAGAAUACUGGGAUUAACUUUGAUGCUUAUGAAGACAUUCCUGUUGAGACUAGUGGUGAUAACGUGCCACCACCUGUCAAUACUUUUGCAGAGAUUGACUUGGGUGAAGCACUUAACCUAAACAUUCGUAGGUGCAAGUAUGUGAAGCCGACACCUGUUCAAAGGCAUGCCAUCCCCAUUUCACUUGCUGGGCGGGAUUUGAUGGCAUGUGCACAGACUGGUUCUGGAAAGACAGCUGCCUUUUGUUUUCCAAUUAUCAGUGGAAUUAUGAGAGGCCAGGUUCCACAAAGACCCUUACGUGGGGCGCGUACUGUAUACCCACUAGCUCUUAUUCUCUCUCCUACCAGGGAGCUCUCAAUGCAAAUACAUGAGGAAGCCAAGAAGUUCUCUUAUCAAACAGGUGUUAAGGUGGUUGUUGCUUAUGGGGGUGCCCCUAUUAACCAACAGCUGAGGGAGCUGGAGAGAGGUGUUGAUAUUCUCGUGGCAACUCCUGGAAGAUUGGUAGACUUGCUAGAGAGGGCUAGAGUUUCUCUACAGAUGAUCAGGUACUUAGCCCUUGAUGAAGCAGACAGAAUGCUGGACAUGGGUUUUGAGCCUCAAAUAAGAAAAAUUGUGGAACAAAUGGACAUGCCCCCUCCUGGUGUUAGACAAACAAUGCUAUUCAGUGCCACCUUUCCAAAAGAGAUACAGAGACUGGCCUGUGAUUUUCUUGCAAAUUAUGUUUUCUUGGCGGUGGGACGAGUUGGAUCAAGUACUGAUUUGAUUGUCCAGAGAGUAGAAUUUGUUCAUGAGUCAGACAAAAGAAGUCACCUUAUGGAUCUUCUUCAUGCGCAGAGGGCAAAUGGUGUCCAGGGAAAGCAAGCUCUUACAUUAGUUUUUGUUGAGACAAAAAAGGGAGCUGAUUCACUGGAACAUUGGUUGUGCAUGAAUGGUUUUCCUGCAACUACCAUUCAUGGUGAUAGAUCCCAGCAGGAAAGAGAACAAGCAUUACGGUCAUUUAAAAGUGGUGCUACCCCAAUCUUGGUAGCAACUGAUGUGGCAGCCCGUGGUCUUGAUAUUCCUCAUGUUGCACAUGUGGUGAACUUUGACCUUCCAAAUGAUAUUGAUGACUACGUUCAUCGAAUUGGACGGACAGGGCGUGCAGGCAAAACUGGUUUAGCCACAGCCUUCUUCAAUGAUAACAAUGCUUCUUUGGCAAGGCCAUUAGCAGAUCUAAUGCAAGAAGCAAAUCAAGAGGUGCCUGCUUGGCUGACCCGAUAUGCUGCUCGUUCGUUUGGGGGGCGGAACCGACGUCCUGGGGGAGGCCGCUUUGGUGGGCGUGACUUUCGAAGGGACUCAUCUUUCAACAGGGGUAAUUUAGACUACUAUGGUGGGGGCAACAGUGCUGGUGGGUAUGCUGCUUCUGGCGGGUAUGGUGGUGGCAGCGGCUACGGUCCAGGUGUUACCAGUGCAUGGGAUUGAAUACUCACAUUUUUUAAGUACUUUUGAGUGUCUAAUAGUAUUAGAGCUUCCCCUUUCUUUCAUAGGAACUACUUUUUUUUUGGUCUACAUUAUCAUUUGCUAGCAAUCUUAGUGAUUGUCAUUUUAUACUUUAGUAGGAGGUUAUUAUCACUAUUACAAGGGAGGGGGAUGUAAGUUUGGUGUCGAUGUGGAAGGAGUAGAAGCUGCGUGUAUCAUGUUAGUAGGUGUUGGUGAAGGAAUUCUAACCAAAUAGGGAUUACUUCUUACUCCUCUUUUGCUGUCAUAUUUUGAUCAUUUUCUGUUAAUUUUGUUGGGUAAUGGGUUGCAGAAUAUGUAGUGGGAGAGAGAGGGUUUCAUUUUGGCAACAUCCUUUUCGAUCUCAUAGACAUGUUCUUUCCAACCCUCUUGUUUGUGGGGAUGAAUUGUUGAGAGGCUGUCUUUACCGUUUACAAAUGAAUAUUCCCUUUUGAAAGGAGUUUGAAUGAACGACUUAUGUAAUAUUUUGGUGGUAACUGGAAUAAGUAGCAAGCUUUGUUGGAAAUG